AUGGAUUUUGAAGACGAAUUAGAGUAUCAAUUCGAGAGUGGAAAUACUCGAACAGACACAGACGAUGCCAUCCCUCAUGAUGAUGGAAGAGUUUUUGAUCAUGUAGCAAAUGAUGACGAUGAUGAUGGCGUGGACAUCUCCAAAGAAAGAUUCGCAGAAGAAGAGGCUCAUUUUGACUCCGAUGUCAAGCCUCAUCUCAUUGAUAUCAUUCAACAAUUUACAAACUUUAUCGUUUUUAAAGAUGAUGCAGAAUUAUCAUUUGAGGAAAAUACUGAAAUAUAUGCAUCGAAAAGAAAGCUUUGUAUAGAAACCAUGCAAGAUUUGCAAGAAAUAUUGAAAGAGGAUAUUACGAAACGAGAGAGAAGAGUAUGGACUUUUAUCAUUGAGUCGAACGUGUACAAAAACGAACUUUUCUCAUUAUUGGCACAUCAUCGAAAAGAUUUUGAAAUUGUUAGAGAAGUUGUUGAUGUAUUGGUGUUGUUGAGUAAGUCACCUGACCAAAACAAUCCUAGAUUUAGAAAAUUUCAAGCCCGAGGAGGUGCAGCUGAAAGGCACAGAGCUACUUUCUAUUUUGCAAAGCAAAUGAAAUUAUUACAAAGGCUAAAACAAGGUAUUUUGGAACAAAAAUUCAUUCCCUUGAUUGUGUGGUCACUCAUGGAUAUGGAAAAUGAAAUGAACUCCAAACAUGCCACGAAGAGCGACAAAAAAAGAAGAGGGCUAGGAGAUGAAGAAGUGUAUGCCAUGACAAUAUUUAAAUUGUUCAAUAACUUCCUUUCGAUACCUGACGCCAAGCAUGAACGUGUACUGCAAACUGAAGAGUUACAGACCAGAAUGCAAGACGUCUUCAUUAAGCAACUCCAAAACGACUGCCAAUUUUUAGAUUAUGCAGUAGCAACAUUUGCAAAAUAUGUGGAAAAAUUUGACGACGUGCCUUCACAAUCUGUGAUGAAAAAGUUGUCAGAAUUCCAACUCGUACUGCUCAAGUUUGCAACUAUGAUUUGUUGGAAUGAGACAGCUCAAGAUUUAUUUUCCUCUUCCAUGACGAUUCCUUCCAGCACAACAGCAACUGAGGAAAUUGUCAUGUCACAAAAUGAAGAAAAUAUGGAAAAGGACAACAGCGAACUAAAGAGGUUGCUUAGACGAGAGAAAAUUUAUAAGGAUCAGGUCAAGUCAUUGAUCCUUACAUCACGACACACUCGAUUCCAAGGAACUCUCUUAGAACGAAGCUCUAAUGUCAGCAAGAUUAUUGACAAGAAUAAGAGUAUUUUAACAUUUGAUGCUGAUGACGAAGCCGAGAAAGAAAAUAAGAAGAAUGAUGUUAAGAUUCAAAAGACAUUUGUAGUUCCUAAUGUGAGUCAACUAAAUACAGCGAACAUGUAUUCCGUCAGCGAUAAUCCUUUCCUAGUUGGUGGAGGUCAACAAAAAGCAGCAUCAACCAUUGGAGCACGAUUUGGCGCUAGAAGAAUUAAUGUCACAUCAGACAAGAUGGAAUUACGUUUCUCGUCAUCCUCAUUGGACACGAAACGGAUUGUCAAGACAUUUGCUGAUAAUCUUUACAGAAGCUGUUUUAAUCAAUUUGUUGAAUUGGCAUUGAAGGCCAUAUGGAAACAACAAGAUGAAUCCAUUGCUAUACGUAAUGAACUCGAUCAAAAAUCAUCCAAAGAAGCACUAGAUCAUGAGAGUGAAAGAAAUCUUCUCUAUCUGUGCCAAUUCAUGCUUUCGUUCAAUAGACAUAAAUAUCUUCAAAAGAAAAGGAGAGAAGAAGAAAAACAAUAUCCUGAUACCGUGCAUUUUGACAUUUCUCUUGUUUCAAACUUACUGAAGCAGAACAUGAUAUCCAUGAUCUUCCAAAAGCUUUUGAGUGAAUACUUUUUCAUUCAACAUCAUUUCAAUUUGACAUUUGUGAUUGCUUUUCUUCGAGAAUUAUUUAUGACAUUUCGAUGGAUGGGAGACAGAGAUCACAGUGGUAGUAACUCCAUCACUUGGGGAAGAAUUGUAUCCAUUCAUUUGCAUCACAUACUGUAUGAUCCAACCAAUAUGGAAGGUAUUAUUCGACUCAUUAGAGAGUACAAACCUUAUCAAAAUUCCACCAAAUACUUGUCUCAACUUGUUCUCUUUGUGGAUUUGUUUGUGACUGUCAUUGAAGAAAACUUGACUAUUGAAUCAUUCUUUAUGAGAAAGAAGGGAGUAGACAAUUCCAAUGAUGAUGAAGACGAUAACCGACAAGAGGACGAUACAACCAAUCAAAAGAGAUUUGAACUCGAGAGUUUGAGAAGAAAAUUUGCUCAUCCUUCUGUUCUCAAACAGUACAUGUAUCUAUUUAGAUUUUACGAUAUUAAUUCUCCUGAAGUCAACAAAUGUAUUAUUAAGACUUUUAAAUAUUUGAUUGAAGAAUUGAAUAUGGAAUUGUUGAUGUUUAGAGCUUCCUUCCUUAAGCUUUGCUUUAACAUUCUUUCAAAUAAGACAUUUUUAACAGAAACAUCAACAAGUUUUGAAAAGAAAGUCAAUGAAGAGGUUGUUGACUUUGUUCUAUCACUUGUGAAAAACUUUUUCAAGCGAGUGGAUGAAGACCCUUUCACCAUUUGUGAAAGUUUACAUUGGAGCACCAUGGGAGAAGUAUCUCUUCUCAAUAAUGCAGAUAUGUAUUCAUCGAAUGGAUUCUCUUCAAGUCGAACUCGAACGAUGAAGCGUACAGAUGAAACACUGGGUGGAUUCAUCACUCGAGAAGAUGAUAACAACAAUAGUGGUGAAGAAGAAUAUCCACUCACAUCCAUCCAUAACGACGAAGAAUCUUCUCAACAAAUUCCUAGUGAAGAAGAGCAACAAGAAAAGAAACCUAAAAAGAAGAAGAAGAGCACCAAACGAAAGAAACGAAGUGAGGAAGGUGAUAAUCAAAAUACUGAAGAAAAACCAAAAAAGAAGAAGAAAAAGAAGAAGAAGAAGGUACAACAGGAAGAAGAACCUCAAGAAGUAGAAGAGGAGGAGGAACAACCAACAGAGGAAGUACAAGCACAAGAAGAACAAUACGUAGAAGAAGAAGAAGAAGAAAAAUUGUUACUGUCUAGUAGCGAGAGUAGUGACGAUGAGUCACGAAAAAGUCGACUCAAAAGACUCACCAAGAAGAGAGUUUCAUUUGCUCCUUCUACUCAGAUCUCAGUGGGAGAGGAAUUCUCUCUAUAA